UAGGCACAAGUUUAUUUAUAGACCUGGAGACCUUUAAGAUUUCCCAGGUAUAAUUUCCUCUGUAUCUGGUAACCUUUGCUCAGACGGGAUGCCACACUAAUGUUCUCACACCCUUAUCUGAGUCGACUCAGUAUCCUGUGGAUCAUUCUGCCACUGACAGUGGACUUUGUCCUUCUCCUUUAUGAGGAAGUCUUGGGUGUAUGUGGUGGACUGAGCUACGGGAUUAAAAUAUGAGUUGUAUUUGUACUAAAGAGUAAAUAAUACAACCAGAUUAAUCUACCAGACGUCAAAGUCAGGGCUCAAGAUGUUCAGGAGCAACAGUCCCUUUGCCAAUGACUCCAGCAGCUUCGCUGGAUCCAUCCAGUCCAAUGGUUACUCCAUUAUGGAUGAUGUGUCAUCACAGGCGUCAACUGUGUCCAGGCCCAGUGCAAAGUCAAUUUACUUGCAAAGGAAGGAGUACGCAGACUCUGUAAACAAGAUGAUGGACAAGUUUCAGUACAGAGUGGAGCACUUGUUCACUUGUGACCUCAAUGGGAAGGAGUUGAGAAACGUAGCAGACUGUGUGGAGCGGUUGAAGCUGCUGGACGGGAUGGGUCGUGUGUGGGGUCAGAACAUGCUGCUGGAGGCGCGUGGGCCCAACCUGCUGCUUACAGACAUUGAGACCAAGGAGGAGCUGGAGUCCAUGGCUUUCAGUGACAUCCUGGAGCUGAAGGCUGUGCUGGACGCUGGAGUGUUCAACUCGCUGCUCACAGUGUCGGUCCAGCCCGGGGGAAAACACACCACCACUGUCUUCAUGUUUCAGUGUGAAGAAGUCAGGGCUGAUUAUGUUCAAAAGAAUCUCUCAGGAAUAUUAUCACGCAGGAGAGACGAUCCAAGGACCAGCAAUGCAGGACUAGCAGGACCCGUUCGAACCGCAAGAUCUUCUGAACCUAAAGAGCAAAGGCCUGCAGUUCCCCAACUGAUGGCUCCUGACUACGAGGAGGAUGACGACCCCGAGCCUGAACUGAUGGAACAAGAGGAGGAUCCACCUCCCAGAUACGAGGUACCCUCAUCGCGACCCUCCACCACCGAAGAAGAACCGCUACGCCCAUACACAGAGCUGGACAGGAACAUAGAUAUCUUGAAUCAUAUUUUAAGCGACAUAGAAAUCUUCAUGGGGAAAGUAGCUGCAGUUGUGGCAAAAAAUGCAAAGAAAAAGAAGAAGAAGAAGAAGAAAGGAAAAGUCAUGGACGGUAUGCCCCCCACAGAAGAGUUUGAAGUGUGUCUCCAAAAGAUCAAAUGUGGUUUGAACCUUUUGGGGGAACUCAAUGGAAUGCUUAAAAAUCCCAGCGCUCCUGAUUUGGUUCACUCCUUAUUCUCCACAUUAGCAUUUGUGGUGUCUCACUGCCAUGAGUAUCUGCCACAGACCAUUGUGGCGCCGCUGCUGAUACCCGAGUGCAUCCGUCUCAUGAGUGAAGAGGCCUCCACAGAAGAGGACCAGCUGUGGCAGUCUCUGGGAGACGCCUGGAACAUCCCCAGCACCAAAUGGCCAGAAGCUGACGAGGACAUCCCAACAUACAAUCUGGAGUUCUCUGACGGCUGGCAUCCUCCUGAAUUGAGAGAAGCACCUGAACCCAGUGAACCAGUGAGAAGACAGGAGCACCAGCAACCUGCACCACCCAGCCAGGCUCCAGCCAAGUGGACGGCUCCACCUCAGCGACCGCAAAAAACACGCUCAGGUGAAUCAAAACCGUGUCCCAUGCGUGUUUUGUUUGACUUCAUCUCAAGAAACCACAGAGAGCUCACCGUCACAAAAGGAGAAAUAGUUGAGCUGCUGGACAAGUCGAAGCAGUGGUGGAAAGUGAGGAACAGCAGAGGGGAGGUGGGCUUUGUGCCCAAUAAUGUCCUGGAGGCUCAUGACGAGCAGCUGAUGGAGCAGACUGGAGGUCCGCCCGUCCUCACAAAGAAAUCCAAGCCUGCGGAAGUGAAAGCCUGGCUCGAAGACAAAGGCUUUAGUAAAAUCACUGUACGCUGUCUGGGCGGGCUGAGCGGCUCCAUGCUGCUGGGGAUGACCAGAGAGGAGCUGAAGACCGUGUGUCCAGAGGAAGGCGGGCGAGUCUUCUUCCAGUUACAAGCAGUCAAGGCCGCCAUGGCCGCCAGUUAAAAGAGAACAAGAAAACAUCAAAGAGGACAGAGAAGAAGAAAUCAUCAUGAACCAAAACAACUCACUCAAAUACUGUACACUAUCAGAUCAUAUGAAGCCAUAAUAAGAGAGAUCAG